AUGGUCAACAAGAAGAAGGCCCACGAGGACAAAUGGUUGCUCCAACAGAUCCACAAGACCUUUCCGCAGAAUGCCGUGCGUGUGGUUGGACGCCCAAAUAUGUACGUAGCGUUAUGGACGAGGAACAACAAGCCGAUUAUGGGACAAGCAUGGAACGACAGCGGUGUCGUGCAAUGUGCCUUCGCAGCCGAUAAAAAAGUGUUCAAAGGAAUGGACAUAGAGGGUGGAACAAUAAAAUUGCUUGUAUAUGAAGGAAAUCAUGUGACAAAUCACUUUUACUAUGAAUGGGUGCCAUUAGCUAAGUGGAAAGUCGAAUGCAAAAGCAAUCGAGAACGAGUCCAAUGUAAUGGAUCGGUGCCGAUUUUUUGGAAAGAGAAAGCUGUUCUUGGCAAUUACGAUAUCCAUGAACAAAAAGCCUCAUUUGCUGUUUCAGACUCGUUUGUAGAAAUCGCUAAUCUAUCAACACUUGGUGAGAUGUUUGUACUGGUACGAAACACCAAUGGCGGUCCACCUGAAUGCACAUGUGCGCAAUGCUCGUCCGACGCCGAUCAUGCAUCGAAAAAUCAGCUCAUGGUUAACGACUGGGGCGAUUUUUGCUGUGGGAAUUUGUGGCCUGCUGAUAAACCAAUAAUGAGGGCCUUGAAUCGGCCCUUAAAUACCCCACGUGGACCACAAGAUCAUUUCGUCGCCUUAUGGUAUAGACAUGGGAAACCUUUGAUGGGUCGCGCUUGGAAUGACGAUGGCAAGAUAAACGCGUCGUUCGUAGAUUCCAACCACGAAUUCAGUGGCAAAAUUAUCGGUUCCUUGCAAAUGUUGGUCGCAAUGCAGGCCACAGCAGCUGGUUUUGAGUACUGUUGGUUACCAUAUGAACAGGCCUCCCGUUAUAUCGGCAAAGACUUUGCACCUGUGCACAUGAGUUACGUCGCUCCAUGCGUUAUUCAGGUUGAUAAAUUUGAAAUACUUGGAUCAGUAAAUUUGAAGAAAGAACGCGCCGAAGCUUCUUUCGACGGUCGUAUAAUAACUUUGGAUGGACCAGCAAUUCGAACGCUGAAGGUUUUAUGUCGAAAGGAUCGUGACGACACCAUGGGCAAAAGGAUGUGGCUCAACACCAUCAUUGACAAUCUUUGUCGUUUACACCCUGAUAUCAAGAAGAAGAAGUCGAAGCUUUCUAUAUGGACUUCGAGAAGCCCUGCCAAGAAGAUCAUGCCUUCUACAAAGCCAUAA